AUGGGAAAAGGAAAGAACAAUGAUGCCAGAGAUUUAAAAAAAAAAGAAAAUGACAAGAUUCAACUGAAAAGAAAUAUAGGUUAUUUCAAUGGGGUAAGUUUUAUUAUAGGAUCAAUUGUUGGAGCAGGGAUCUUUGUGUCUCCCACAGGAGUGUUAAAGCAUUCCUUACUCAAUGUUGGCAUCGCACUAACCAUCUGGACUGCAUCUGGAGUGGUUUCUCUCAUGGGUUCACUCUGCUAUGCGGAGUUGGGAACUGCUCUGCCCUUUUCCGGAGGAGAAUACAACCAUAUUAAAAGAGGCCUUGGAUCCCUACCUGCUUUUGUCUUUAUCUGGACAUCUACGUUUGCCAAGCCAGCAUCAAAUGCAGCUCGAGCCCUGCUGUUUGCUGAAUACGCCACCCAGCCCUUCUAUGGCAUUUGCCCUGCACCAGAAGUGCUGAAGAAAUGCUUGGCCUUGGCUGUUCUCUGGUCUUUGGGGAUUUUGAAUGGCCGCAGUGUCAAGAUGACUGCCUGGGUGCAGACAGUUUUCACUCUGCUGAAGAUGGUAGCCUUGUCUGUAAUCGCUGUUGGUGGCAUAGUUCUUCUUGUUGGUGGGAGAAAGGACAGACUGGCCAGGUUUGAGGAAGCGUUCAGCUCAGAGAUCCCCAGUGCGUCGCAGGUUGCUGAAGCCUUCUUCCAAGGACUUUAUGCAUAUGGUGGUUGGUGGUCCCUCAAUUAUAUGGCAGAAGAGAUGAAAAACCCUAGCAGAAAUAUCCCCUUGACCGUGAUGACUGCUGUUCCUGCAGUAAUUGUUUUUUAUUUACUAGUGAACAUCUCAUAUCUGACUGUCCUCACACCAAAGGAAAUAGUCUCUUCAGUUGCUGUGGCAGUCACUUGGGCUGAUCGAGUGAUCCCCUCUGUUGCCUGGAUCAUUCCUCUCUCUGUUGCUGUCUCAAUAUUUGGUGCCCUCAACAGCAGCAUGUUCACACUUGGUCGAUUAAGCUAUGCUGGAAGCCAGUCAGGACAUUUACCUGUUUUAAUAUCCAUGCUUAAUGUCCACUCCUGUACUCCAGCACCAGCCAUGAUUUUUUCAACCAUCAUUGCAUCAAUUUUUAUAAUCCCCUCUGACCUUCUUAUGUUAACAAAUUACUUUGGAUUUUCUGCCUGGCUUAUGAUUGGAAUGACUUGUACAAGCCUGAUUGUACUUCGAUACCGGGAACCUCACCUGCAUCGACCAUACAAGGUGUUUCUGCCAGUUCCAUUUCUGAUGGUGGCAAUGUCUUUCUUCCUAGUUUUAGCUCCUAUAAUCUGGUCUCCAAACCUGCAAUAUGUUUAUGCAUUCCUGUUCAUGCUGGGAAGUCUUAUUGUUUAUCUGCCUUUUAUACAUUUUAAAUUGCAUUUUGCAUUUCUUGAUAAAAUUACUUGCCACCUACAGCUCCUGUUGGAAGUUUCCCCUGCUGAUGGAUCUGCUGAGGGCAGAUGUGAAUAACAACAAACGUUUCAUCCCAGUACAACUAAGCCAACACAACUUUCUUUAACUGAGAUUGUAGAAGGCACAAGUUAGAUUUUAAGUGUGAUAUAUGUGUGUAUGCAUGUGCAUGCAUGUGUGUACAUGCAUAUACAUAUAUACAUUAAUAUACAUAUAUUGCAUAUAUACA